AACGCGUGCCUCCUCCUUCCGUCCUUCUCAUCAACCCAUACCUAAGUUUCUUUGGUAUUCGCAGAUAUGAGAUUCAAUUUCGCAACCGCCGCCGUUCUCGCUCUCGGCGCGCAGUCCGUUACUGCCAGCACAUGGUUCAGCAAGGCUGCCUACAACAAGUGGCAUGAGACCGAGUUGGAGAGAUGGCUCUCUGACCACGAUGUCCCUUACCCCACCCCUGCCGACCGCAAGGACCUUGUCGACCUGGUCAAGAACAACUGGGACGACAAGAUUGCUCAGCCCUACAACAGCUGGGACACCAAGCAGCUCCAGAACUACAUCUCCAGCUCCGGCCAAGAGAUCAAGAAGGGUACCGAGCAGAACAAGGACAGCCUUGUCAGCCAGGUCAAGUCGUACUGGCAUGAGACUGCCGACCAAGCCUCGGACGCCUAUGCGUCGGUCCAAGACUGGGUCUUCGACAGCUGGACCGACUCGCAGAUCAAGUCUUUCCUCGACUACCACCACAUCCCUAACCCCUCUCCUCGCACUCGCGACACCCUGCUCCACUCUGCCCGCUCCAACUACCAGUCCGUCGCCAAGAAGGCCGGUGAGACUACCGCUUACCCUGGCAACUGGCUCUACACUCAGUGGUCCGACUCUGAUCUCAAGGCUUGGCUCGAUGAGCGCGGCAUCCCUGCCCCUCAGCCCAGCUCUCGCGACAAGUUGAUUGCUGCUCUCCGCCGUAACUCCCGUACCGCUGCCAACCAGGCUCAAAAGGCCGCCGCCUCUGCCUCACAGUCCGCUGCCGGCGCCCAGCAGUCUCUGUCUGACCAGCUCCUCAACUCCUGGAGCGAGAGUCAGCUCAAGCAGUGGUUCGACAAGAACGGCAUCAAGGUCCCCCAGGGCUCCAAGCGCAACGAGUUGAUGGCUCUUGCCCGCAAGCACAGCGCUAAGCUCUCCGGUGACAACGUCUCUGCCUCGGCUUCUUCCCUCUACGGCGAGGCUUCCAAGUCGGCUUCCUCUGUCUACAAUGCCGCCUCCGGUGCUGCCGGCAGCUCUGCCUCUUCCUUGUCCGGCGCUGCCGCCAAGUCUGCCUCUUCUGCUUCCGGUGUCUACGGCAACUCUGCCUCUUCUCUCUCGGGUGCUGCCGCCAAGUCUGCCUCGUCCGCAUCCAAUGUAGCCGGCAGCCAGUUCGCAUCCGCUACUGACUCAGCCUACGGAUCUGCUCAGUACUGGUUCGAUUGGGCCAAGGCUCAGGUUGGUAUUGGUGGUGAGCAGGCCAAGUCUUCGCUCGCUUCCAUCUCCAGCGUUGCCUCUGCUUCCGCUUCUUCCCUUUCCAGCGUCGCUUCCGUCUCUGGCACUUCUGGCUACAGCGCUGCCACUGAUGCCGCUGGCUCUUCUGCCUCUUCUGCUUCCAGCGUUGCUGCCAAGUCUGGCAACAGUGCCUACGAUGCCGCUGCCGCUUCCGCCAAGUCAGCCACUGAUGCCGCCGGCAAGUCUGCCUCGUCCCUCUCUGGCGCCGCUGGCAAGUCUGCUUCAUCUGCAUCCAGCGCCGCCUCGGUCGCCGCCUCCAAGUCCUCUUCCUCUCUCUCCAAGGAGGCUGCCAAGUCUGCCUCUUCCGCUUCGGCUUCCGGCCCCAAGUCUGCUAGCUCCGCUGCCAGUGCCGCCUCCAAGGCUGGUGCCGGAUACGCCCAGCAGGCUGCCGAUGCCGUUCAGGAGAACGCCAGCUCGGCCAAGCACAGAGCUUCCGAGGCUGCCCAGAGAGCCGCUGACUACGUCAAGGAGGAGCUCUAAGCUAUUCCGUUCAUAUAUCCACCAACCCCAGCAAAGUAAAAGGCGAGAUGAAUCUUUACGAAUCAUGAUGAGUUGAGGAGGAAAAUGACGGUCUCUGUACUUUUAUCCUAGUUCAACGACACUGAUGACCCCCCAAAAAGAGGGAUUAUUUGCUACUUUGCUUUUCUCCCCUUAGGUAGCUUUCAAGAAUGAAUUUUCUUUAUUCGUU